UAAUCCCACUAAGAUACCUAUUAUACGAGGUUAAAACAGUCGCUUCAAGCUUUAUCAAGAAUGGGCUUGAACCUAUACAAUUGCUACUGUUUGCACAUUCACGCCGGAGCAAUAUGCCUCGGUACUUAACAGUUCGACAGUUCGCUUAUCGGGUACACAAGGUUUGACGAUAAGGCGGUCUGCGCGCACGCAGUCGUCACUCGUCAGUGCCGUAAUAGACGCCGGCGCACUAGCUCACGGUGAUCACGGCUCCACAGUCCACUGACACGAUAUGUCCGCGAUACGUUUGCAAAUAUAAACAAUAUUACUCGACUGCCGGUCCGUGUUUAGUAAACUUUUAUGUUGUGACGAACACCGCAUUAACUUUAAUUUGUGCAGUUUGGUUUAAGUAAAACUCUGUAAGUUGACUGAAAUUCUACGUUUGAGCAGCCAUGGCAAUGAAAGAAUGGCUGCAAUGGUUACCGCCACCGCGGUCGCUACUUGCCUUGCUGAUAGCUGUGGCUGGCUUCAGCGGCCGGCUCUUCGCUGCUCACGUCACACAUUCACCAACACUGCUCGUCGAUACUUGCCACUCAUUAUGCCGACUUGUCGGUCUUAUCACUACCUUACUAGCCUACAAGUACGAACGUGCAGAUGAAGGCACUGGACGCGAGGGUCGACUACGGAACACGUUUGGAUGGGCCCGUAUUGAAGUAGUGGGCCGUUUAUCCGUACACGUAUUAUUCGCAUCGUUUGCACUAGCACUCGUUGUAAAUGCACUGCAGCUCGGCGUGCACUCCUCUCACGUGCAACCGCCUCGCUACCCGAGAGUGAUAGUCAGCAGUGCUGUCAUUGGUCUUCUGUUUAAUGCCAUCAACUAUAUGCUACUCGCUGGUCGAGAACUAAGCUACAGUCGACGGUUAAGUAUGACAGAGGGCGGCGAAGUUAUAUUAAAGACUGGAUCUGCAGAGCCUGUGCUCGCACAUGCGCCAACUGAUAUAGCUAGUAGCCUGUUUGUGAUGGGAGCUGGCUUGACUCUGGAGUGGGAACCCAUUGCAGCUAAGCUAGCCGACCCCGCUCUCUCUGCCAGCGCCGCCAUCAUUCUUGUAAUAUUCAACUAUCCCUUCAUGCGAGCUGCGGGACUUGUGUUGUUACAAACGGUGCCCGAAGGUCUAGGCGCGUGUGAGCUGCGCGCAGCCGCAUUGCGCGUCCCCGGAGUGCUCGCCAUACACGAGCUGCACGUGUGGCAACUGCACAGAGACCGACUGGUCGCUACAGCACACAUAUCGUAUGAUUCACAAGAGGCAUAUUUCCGCAGUUCGAGUGUCGUGUGCGAUAUCUUCAAGCGACAUGGAAUUGGUCUAGUUACUCUUCAACCAGAAUUUACUCUUUCAUCUAUCUCUGGUACAGACGAAGAAAAGAAGAUGUUAAUAGAUUUUGCGAAUGUGGCUUGUUCCUGCCCCUGCGCUAAAGAGUGCACUGCACCUCGAUGUUGCCAAGCUGCUCAGAUACCCUCCAUAACUCGUAUUUGAAUAUCACUUUUAUGAAAUCGGCAGAUGUAUUAUCGAACUCAUUUACAAUAACAAUACUCUUCAUAAAAAUUGAAGCCCGAGUCUGAAUGUCCGUUGCAAGUUACACAAAUCAUACAUAAUUCGAUAAAUUAAUAAUAUUCCUAGCAUCGGAAUCAAAACAUUUUGAAAACGAUAGCAAUCGUGUAUUUGUUUGAUAAUCAACCAAAUGCAAAUUAUUAUUUAGACAUAUCAUUACAUAAUGGUAACAGGGUAAAGUUUGUGCUCAUAUUUAAAAAAAUUGUAGUAUUGAAUAUGAGGCUUUUAGAUAUAAAAUUAAAAACUGUUAACUGAUGUACAUGAAUUGGACAUUGAUAAUCGCUUAAUUUUGCUAAUUCAUACGCGUAAUGAGUUAUUUGUAAAUAUGAUAUAAAAUAGUUGAUAAGAUAUACCACAAAUACAGAAACUAGUACAACCAAAGAACGUUCGGAAAUCAUAACAAAUGUUUUUUUAUAUAUACGUAGCAGUUAUUCAUUUAAUUAUAUCGAAGUGAAAGUCGGCAAGACGUGAUAGAAGGUCUGGUAUUGUACGUAUAUUUUUACUAUUUUUGUACGAAACAAAAUGUCAUUGUUGUGAUUGAGAUUAUAGUCUAUUAAUAAAAUAUUUUUAGAAAGAAAUAUAUUCAAUAAUAGUUAUUUUGUGGAUUUAUAUUACGUUGAGCUUGUUACAUUAUUCCCACCAGUAAUUAAAACCUCAUAGACAACUUGCCAAUUUAAUUAAUUAUUUAUUAGUUAAGGAUUAGUGUUUGUAAAAAGAUAUACUAUAAAUUAGUUUCUAAGAAAUCUUACAAAAUUAUUAUUAAAAGUGAUUUUAACUGCCUUACUAAAUGUAGUAGUAUUAUGUAAUCAAUAAAUCAAUUUCUUUUUCUGCAUACAAAUAAUAAGCUAUUUAUACGUCAAUUGACAACUAAAAGAGGUACUUUAAUAAAACAAAGAAACAUCAUUUCACGAUAUAUUAACGAUACAAUCAAACAAACAGUGCCCUAUUCUUAAUUUAUGUAUUUCACUAAUUACUUAUGAAAUAUCCAUAUAAGAGAAAACAACAAUAAAUAGUUAUGGCCUUACUAAUAAAGAUUGUUUAUCCAGUGCUUAAAUAAACAUGAUUUCUCUCUUUCUCUCAUCAUUCAUUUGAUAUUCGAACGAAGAAGACACAGAAUUGUUUAACUAGUCACCCCUAAACAACAAUUAUAGGUGAAGCCUUAGUGUCUACCUAAGAUUUCAAUUCAUACAAACAUUUUGACUAUAUCUAUUUAUAUGAUAAAAUUAGUGUGAAAACUUCGUUUUCUAAUAUCGAUUUUUUUUUAAUUUAUCCGAAUACUAGGUAAUCGAUUUAAAUAAUUGUGAUGUUCCUAGACAGUAUUAUAUUAUGAUGAUGGAUAGCACGUUGAUAAUGUUAUUUAGUUAAUAAACGCAUUACUCGUACUGACAAUAAUUAAGAUAAGUUGUAUACAAAGUUUUGUUGACUAUUGAUUGUAAAAUGAAUAUUAUAUUCGAACAAUAAAGUGUGUUUUUUGAUUUAACUAGUUCUAUGUUACGCCUUAAUAUUAAUAAGUUAAUACUCAAAUAUAUUCGAGAUUUUUUUAAUGAAAUAUAAAUUUAUAUCAACAAUAC